AUGACGACUGAGAGGGAACAACUAUCCCGGCUGGUGAAGCAAUGGAACGAGAACCGGCUCGACCUCUUCCAUUUGACGCAGCCAACCGAGGACCUCGAGAUAGAGGGCGUGAUGAGGUUUUACUUCCAAGACGUUGGCGAGCGAGUGUCGACAAAAUGUAUUCGUGUUUCUUCCACUGCUACUACACGCGCGGUCAUCGAUGCGUUGGUGGAGAAGUUCGUUCCUGAUCUGAAGAUGCUCACGGUCCCAGAAUAUUCGCUAUUCAGGGAGGUUCCGGGAGGUGGCGAGGAACGUAAGUUGGACCUCGAGGAGAAGCCUCUAGUGGUGCAGCUUAUGUGGCAUCGGGAUGACCGGGAGGGUCGAUUUCUUCUGAAAAAACAUGACAGCCAAUAUCUGCCGCUUUCGGCGCUCCAGCUGCAUGACGACAAAGAUUCUAGUGUCCUCCCAAGCGCUUUUCAGACCGGAAAAGAAUUGAAGAAAAAGCAUCAGGGAAUCGGUGGAAGUCUGAAGGUGUAUGGCGCGGAACUCGAUGCCACGCGUACGUAUGUGACGCUGCUCGUCAGCAUGCGUGAUCGUGCUGCUCAAAUUUUGCGAGAAGCCCUGAAAAAGCACUUCCCCACCGGAUAUCAGAAGAUCCGCUGGAAUGAUCUAAAUGUGUGUGCUUUGAUUUUCGACUCUUUUGGCUCCUGCGCUCAUAUCAAUCACGAGUUCCAGAUCGCCAACCGGCCACCCGGUGCUCCGGAGGUCUUUUUCCAUAUCCGGCGACGACCCAGUCAUUAUAAUCGCGUAGAUUUCGAACGCAUCGGUGACAUCAGUCGCGGGCUGCCUUCAAGGGGAUGGUUCUCGAGGUGUCUGUUACCAGUGAUGGAUGGUGUGACCGGGUCGGGUCCGACAAAUAUCUGGCUGAAUUCUCGCCGCAAAAACAUUAUCCUUCGCGCUACUGGUGUGCCCGGACGGCAUUGUGUCAUCAACUUCGAGCAGGGUGUCGUGACUCUGACGCCAAGUGCAUCGGAUUCAUAUAUUGAGGGUAAACGGCCGCCCGAUCGCCCAGACAGCCAUCUAAACGAGGGAGAUUUGAUUCGUUGGGUCCUGAAUGCUUGCUGCGAUAUGUCCAUUCUAAGGCACACGCCGACCAUUUGCCCCCGCCGUCUUUUUCACAUCAGCUGCAACAACGAAGACUAUCCGGCUCCUCGAUGGGCUCUACCACCCGGGCGAAGCCAGGCUGAGAACGCCGAAUCGGCAAACCCUGGCUAUGAGACCCCGCAGAUAGCGCAACCGAUGACUAACAUCCCCCAGGGCCCACCUAUGUCCAUUCAAGUCAGCGACUACAAAGAAUGCGACAAGGCCGAAGAACUGCUUUUCUGGUUGGCCAAUGCUGGCGAGCUCUCCUUCCUCGUCGACAGCGACUGCGAGAUUCGCCCGCUUGCACAGCAACAGGGUGACAUUGUCAUCUCACCGUGCUCGAUGCUUUUG